CAAUCCAACGGCUCAAUAAACAAUAAGUCUUUUAUUAACGGCUGCGAUCUUCGGAAAACUGCAGCUGUUUCUGAAAAUAUAUUUUGGACAAAGUAUUUAUUCACCACCCUCUCCCCUAUUCAUCACGUUCUUCACUGCUACUUCUUCAUAGUUUUGGAAAAAUGGGAACCAGAUUUAACAGUGUUGCUUCAACCUUUUUCCUGUCAAGCUUGUUCUUUUCUCUUGCAUUUUCUGCAUCGGAUGAUGGAUUGCUACGAAUAGGACUGAAAAAGUUGAAGUUUGAUCAAAACAAUCGACUUGCUGCUCGGCUCGAGUCUAAGGAAGCAGAAAUAUUGAGAGCCUCAAUUCGGAAGUACAAUUUCCGAGGUAAAUAUAGCGAGUCUGGAGAUACUGACAUUGUUGCACUCAAGAAUUACAUGGAUGCCCAGUAUUUUGGAGAGAUUGGUAUUGGUACUCCCCCACAGAAAUUCACUGUGAUUUUUGACACGGGUAGCUCCAAUCUGUGGGUGCCCUCUUCAAAAUGUUACUUCUCUAUUCCUUGUUUUUUUCACUCCAAGUACAAGUCCAGCCAGUCAAGUACUUACAGGAAGAAUGGAAAAUCUGCUGCUAUCCAGUAUGGGACUGGGGCUAUCUCUGGAUUUUUCAGUGAGGACAACAUCAAAGUCGGUCAUCUAGUUGUGAAGAACCAGGAAUUUAUUGAGGCAACGAGAGAACCUGGUGUUACAUUUUUGGUGGCCAAGUUUGAUGGCAUACUUGGACUUGGUUUCAAAGAGAUCUCAGUAGGAAAUGCAACCCCAGUGUGGUACAACAUGGUCAAGCAAGGUCUUGUUAAAGAGCCCGUCUUCUCAUUUUGGCUGAACCGAAAUUUAAAGGACGAGGAGGGAGGUGAACUGAUUUUUGGUGGAGUUGAUCCAAAUCAUUAUAUUGGUAGACAUACAUACGUUCCUGUGUCUCAGAAAGGUUACUGGCAGUUUGACAUGGGUGAUGUGCUCAUUGAUGGAGAAGAAAGUGGGUACUGCAAUGGUGGGUGUUCUGCAAUUGCGGACUCUGGAACAUCUCUCUUUGCUGGCCCAACGACUCUGGUGGCAAUGAUUAACCAUGCAAUUGGGGCCGCUGGAGUUGUUAGCCAAGAGUGCAAGGCUGUUGUUGAACAGUAUGGGCAAGCUCUCAUGGCACUUCUCAUGGCGGAGACUCAACCAAAGAAGGUAUGCUCCCAAGUUGGUCUAUGCACAUUUGACGGAACCCAUGGUGUGAGUGCUGGAAUCGCGAGUGUGGUGGAUGAAAGAGAUGGUAAAUCAUCUGGUUCGAAUGAUGCAAUGUGCUCUGUCUGUGAAAUGGCUGUUGUUUGGAUGCAAAAUCAACUCAGACAGAACCAAACUCAAGACCGCAUCUUGAACUAUGUCAAUGAGCUCUGUGAGCGACUCCCAAGUCCCAUGGGACAGUCAGCUGUUGAUUGUGCUAGCAUUUCUUCGAUGCCAACUGUCUCCUUCACAAUUGGUGGCAAAGUUUUUGAUCUCUCCCCGGAUGAGUACAUACUGAAGGUUGGCGAGGGUGCCGCAGCUCAAUGCAUAAGCGGCUUCACCGGCAUUGACAUUCCUCCUCCUCGUGGACCUCUUUGGAUAUUGGGAGAUAUGUUUAUGGGGCGGUACCACACUGUGUUCGAUUUUGGGGAAGAGAGAGUUGGAUUUGCUGAAGCUGUGUAGACGAGGUCGGCAUCAUCUCCUUAAUGUUAAUAUGGUUGUGUUCUUUUCAUCAAAGAGUAGACAUUACAUAGAGUGAGAUAUGAACAAAAUAUGUAAAUGUGUGCUCUCUACUUAAACCAGAUUGUAUGAGAAAUUAUCUGUUACCUGUCGUGUUUGAUGGUUGUUUCUGUGAAUUGUGAUGCAAUAGCUAAGAGAAUUAGCCUUGUAUCGCACCAUGCAUGGAAAUAUGUCUGAUGUUUUUGACUGA